AUGGAGGAGCUCCACCGCCGGAUGCCGCUCAGUGGUCCUGCUCGUGGGCAGCGGGGCGGCCGCCGGAGGCCGGCGUCGUCGGAGGCCCUUCCAGCCACACUGCCGCCGUGCAGAAUCACAGAGCACGGGCGGCGCCCCGCCCCCGUAGAGCCGCCCCGUAGACAGCGGCGCCUCGCUCGGCGUCCUCCCGGCCGAGGGCGACCCACCACGCGGACGCGGCGGAAGACCGCGAGGGCGACCCACCACGCGGACGCGGCGGCCACCCCCAUCGAGCCGUCGUCGCCCACGCCCGGCUCCGCGCCGCCGGGGGGCUCGUCCCGCUCUAAGCCACCGGAGGGCCGCGCGAGACCAGCGCGCCGAGUCCACCGUUGUCGGCGACCGCCGCGACCAGCCUUAUCCUCCUCCUCGCGCGCCCGUGAUCGCCGCAGCCGCCCGCAGCAGGCAGUCGUCGCCUCCUCGCCAUCGGCGCCCGCCGCGGCCGCCUUCUCCUCCGCCUCGCGCGCCCGCGCUCGCCGCAGCUCUCGAGCGGAUCGACGGACAAGGGUCGGCCCCGCCGCCGCUUCGGUGGUGCUCGGUGGUGCAGAAGUUGGGGAGAGAGAAAAUGCAUCUGGGCGAGAGAGAAAAUGCAUCUGGGGAAGACGGUGA